CUUUUCGUUGUCAACUACGUUUCCCAUGAUGCAGCACGGUGGAGCUCGUCAUUAGCCUGCGCUAAGCUGAGGUGGCUAUUGAGAGGAGGCUGCUAACCUCACAUUUCCAGCGUCGUCCCUCGUCAUGACUAAACUCCUGCAGUGGUUGCUCGGUGUGUCGCUGCUGGUCGCAGUCUGGGCUCUGGUUACCUGGGACCUGUUGGACCUGAGUCUGCCGGACACAUACAGAGACGUGGCUUGGCCGAUGCCCCUGUACCUGUUGGUGUCGUUUGGCUGCUACUCUUUGGCCACAGUCGGAUACAGAGUGGCCACGUUCAAUGACUGUGAAGACGCGGCGCUGGAGCUGCAGCAACAAAUCAAGGAAGCCAAAGAUGACCUGAAGAGAAAGGGCUUGAAGAUGUAACCCUGGACAUGGACCACCUUGACACGGAGACCCAGAACAAUUGCACACACCUGGGCAGUAGCGAUGACGCAGUUGCUGUCACAUGAAAUAACUAGGAUGGAGAGAAACUUUGAAUUUGUGACGUGACUUGCAGCCACGUUUGUUUUUGUACACCUUAUUCAGUUUGGUUGUAGAUAAUUAAUUCUAAUUUCACAUUUUCUUGUGUUACUGUGACUUUAAAAAGUGGUGUGUUUGUAGGGUGUGGAAACAUCUGGUGGGGAAUUUACAGGUGGUGGUUGUCGGUGCUUCCCCUUCAUUUAUCCUGGUAACUGUAGAAGUUACAAUAAUGAUUUGCAAACUCAUAAAACCCAGUUUGGUGCCAUUGGCUGAUGU